AUGAUACCCUCGAGGAUACCACACGCCCUCAGGCCCCUCCGGCUGGUCUCGCGAUCGACCCUGCGGUCCGCCUCUAGCUCCGCGACCAACACCGCAGCCCUCAAGCCCAAAGCCCAGCCCCGUCGCGCCGCCUUCUCCUCGUCCACGCCCCUCCGCCAAAAAGUCGCCGGGGAAGAUCGCCUGCCUCCGAGCCAGCUGCCGGGCCGCAAGGGCACCCGCGACCAGCAGUCCGCCAUCCCCCCGGCCGCCGAAGCCGCCGACUCUGCGCCUGCCGUCUUUGCCCCCGUGCCCGAGCCUACAUCUUCCGCGCCGCUGCCCUCGGCGCCCGAGAUCGGCAACAAUGGCAACGGCAUCGACUGGAGCCAGUCCUUCCACGGCCUGUCGACGACGCCCUUCAGCCCCGAGACGGCGGCGAUCCUCAUGAGCCCCAUCGACAUGCAGGACGUCGAGGUCAAGCCCGACGGCAUCAUCUACCUGCCCGAGAUCAAGUACCGGCGCAUCCUGAACCAGGCCUUCGGCCCCGGUGGCUGGGGUCUUGCGCCCAGGGGCGAGGUGACGGUCAGCGAGAAGGUCGUGUCGAGGGAGUACGCCCUCAUUGUCCACGGACGAUACAUCGCACAAGCGCGCGGCGAAUGCCAGUACUUCUCCGAAGAGACGAUACCGACGGCCAGCGAGGGCUGCAAGUCCAACGCCCUGCUGCGGUGCUGCAAGGACCUGGGCAUCGCCUCGGAGCUGUGGGAUCCGCGCUUCAUCCGCGAGUUCAAGAAGAAGCACGCCCGCGAGGUCUGGGUCGAGCACGUCGUCAACAAGAAGAAGCGACAGAUCUGGAUCCGCAAGGACGGCGACCCGGCUUACCCUUAUAAGCUGUCCAAGUAG